AUGUUUCUAUUACUAUAUUUUAUUUUAUUUAUUUCUUCUAUUAAAGCUUGUCCAUUAAAAACAGUUGAUAUUCAUUCAGGUUGUUAUUGUGGUAUAGAAAUAGAUGGUAAAAAUUAUAUUCAUUGUCAUCCAUAUUCAAUAAAUAAUAUACCAGAAUUUACACGUUCAUAUAUAUAUGAUAAAUUAAAUUUAUCAAAUAAUUUUAUUGAAUAUUUAACAAAUAAAUCAUUUCAUCAAUUAAAAAUACGACGUAUUUAUAUUGAAAAAAAUCCAAUAAAUUAUAUUGAUAAACAAACAUUUAAUAAUAAUAAUCUUCUUCAUUAUCUUGAAGAAUUAUAUAUUGAAACAAUAAAUAAUAGUAGUUUAGAAUUUCUUUGUUAUGGUAUAUGGAAAAAACUUCGUAUACUUAAAUUAUCAAGAUUUAAUUUAAAUCAAUAUCAAUAUUGUUUUAAUAAACUUAAUCAUCUUGAAAAAUUAAUUAUACAAUAUUCAUAUAUUCAUAUUAUAUCAUAUCAUAUAUAUAAACUUCCAAUAUUAUAUGAACUUUCAUUGAUUAAUAAUCAUAUUGAAUAUUUUAAUUUUGAUGAUCAAUAUUUAAUUUAUUCAUCAUCAAUACAAAUAUUAAAUUUAACAUCAAAUCAACUUCAAACAAUACCAAAUGAUUUAAAUAUACGUUUACCACAUUUGAUGACACUUGACCUUUCAAAUAAUCUAAUUGAAAAUUUACCUUUGAUCAAUGAAAUAACAAAAUUAAAUGUAAAUUUAAGUUAUAAUUUAAUAAAUUAUGUUCAUUUGAAUGAUAGUCAACAUUUAAUUGAUCUUUCAUUUAAUCCAAUAUGUACAAUAGAACAAACAAAAGAUAUAUCAAAUAUAAUAAUGAAUAAUAUAAUUAAUCUUCAUUGUGAUUGUCGUUUAGGUUAUUUUCUUAAAAAUAAUUUAACAAAUUUAUCACAACAAAUUGGAAAUAAUCAACCAUUUGGAAAUCAAACAUUAUGUGCUACACCACAAAUAUUUAAAGGUCAAUUAUUAAAAGAUUUAACAUAUGAACAAUUAUUAACUACAUGUUCAUUAAAUUUACCAAAUAAUUGUAAAGAAGUAACAAAUUUUCAAGAAAUUCAAGAAUAUAUAGAAAAUUUAAUUAAUAUAACAAUUAUCGAUAAGUAUCAGCAGAUUGAAAAUUCAACACAAAUAAUUGAAAUAUCAGAAAAAUUUAAUAAUAAUCAAAAUUCAAUAUCAUCUUUUUAUUUAACAUCAUUCAAUACAUAUUAUGAAAAUAAUGAUUUAUUAAUUUUUUGGGAUUUUGAUACAAAUUUAUUAACAAAUUAUUUUCUAAAAACAAAAUUUCAAAUAAUUAUUGAACAAGAAUAUCCAUCAAAAAUUGAAAUUAUUCGACAAACUGAUUUUAUAUCACCUUAUCUUAAACAAUAUAUUAUUCAUAAUUUACCAUCAAAUCAAAUAUAUCAUAUAUGUUUAUUAAUAACACGUUUAUCAUAUGGUACUGAUAAAUAUUGUCGAGAAAUAACAACAACAACAACAAUAUUAACAUCUAAUAAACAAACAUUAUUUAUUAAUCGUUCAAUUAUAUUUGGUUUUCUUAUUGGUACUAUAUUAACAAUAUGUUUUUUAAUUAUACUAUCUUUUAUUUGUCGUUUACAUUAUAAACAAAAUCAUUCUCAUCAUUUAUUUCAUCAACAUAAUGAACAAAAACAUAAUAUGUAUAUGGAUCGAAAUAAUAAUGAUAAUGAAACAUAUACAUAUUCAUUUGUAUCUUCUCCAUCAAUAAAAUAUUAUUAUUUAAAAAAUAAUCCUUGUCAAACAUGUAUUAAACCUACAUCAUCUUGGCAUUAUCAUAAUUCAAAACAAUUACCAUGUAUACAACCUUCAUCUUAUUGUUUAUUAAAAUAUCAUAAUAGAACAUUAAGUGAUAGUAUAACAAUAAAUCCUAUAACAAGUUUAUCAUCAGAAUAUAGCAAUGGUAUUGAUAAAGAACCAAUAACAUCAACAUCAAUUAUGAGUAAUACAAGUUUAGAUGAACAAUCAAGUCAUAUUAUUCAAUGUUCAACUAAACAUGUUUAUGAAGAACUUGGUGAUACUAAUUUAUUUCUUUGA